AUGCAUUCUCGUCGCGACUCGUCCAGACCUGACAUUCCACCUCGUCUCACCGUCUCAACGGCAUCCUUACGUCAGUUCAACACCGACACACGUGCACUUCGCAACCCAAACAUGAACAGAGACGACUUUCUGUGCGAGCUCAACGGCAGUCUCGAUCUCGUCAAGGUCUCUUCAGCACCGCCAACCGGUGAUAAUGAGUGA